AUGGCCAGCUCCGGCGGCGAAGUGCCUGUGCUCAAGUCAGACCAGGUCGAUCGAGUUGAACGCAUCAUCAAGUAUCGUUUCCAAGAUCAUGAGAACGCAUACCUUUGGGAAGCCUUGCAAUAUGUCGCACCGAGCCAGCCUUCUGUUACGUCUAUCAAUGGGCGAUUCUUCACUAGCAACAACCUGAAACUCGCCAUCAUAGGAGAUGUUGUGAUGGCUGUCGCUGUUGCGGAGUACUGGUUCAGUAUGAAGGAUAGUGUUGCGGGUGACUGGGGCGACCUUUCCACUGCAAAGCUGAGCAACAAGUAUUUCAACAAGAUGGCUUCCCAAGCUAAGCUUGUUUCAUGCACAGAGUGCUCCUGUUGUGGCGGCAAGAAGCCUGCAAACCUCCUGGAGGCCAUCAUCGGUGCUGUCUAUCUUGACUCGGGCCGCGAUGUGGGCGCUGUGAGGAAAGCCAUGACUGCCAUCGGAUUCACGGAAGUCUUGAACGAGGUCGACGAUUCCACGCAGCAGCAUAAAACUGACAAGAGUGUCGUCAAGGACGACAUGUCUGACCCAGAUGUGGCCGAUUUGAUGGCUCUUUACGAUGCCAUUCCCGUCAGCUGCACCUAG